AUGGCCCCCUCCGCUGUGCAAGACGUUGCCUCCUCUGUGGAGCAGCAGCCCAUGAGCAAUCAGACCAAACCUCUGGCCGGAAAGGUCGCCCUCAUCACCGGCGCCGGCCGCGGUAUCGGCCGGGGCAUUGCCCUGGAGCUCGGCAAGCGCGGAGCCAACAUCGUGGUCAACUACGGCCGCAGCUCCAAGCAGGCCGACGAAGUGGUUUCGGAACUGUCCAAGUUGGGCUCCAAGUCUGUCGCGCUGCAAGCCGACAUCAGCAAGCCCGAGGAAGUGGCCAGCCUUUUCGACCGAGCGCUCGAACACUUUGGCAAGAUCGACAUCGUCAUCUCUAACUCGGGCAUGGAGGUCUGGUGCGAGGAGACUGAAGUGACGCCCGAACUGUUCGACCAGGUUUUCAACCUGAACUGCCGCGGCCAGUUCUUUGUCGCCCAGAACGGGCUUAAGCAUUGCAGCCAGGGUGGGCGCAUCAUCCUAACUUCGUCCAUUGCUGCGCAGAUGGCGGGAAUUCCCAACCAUGCCCUGUACGCUGGCUCCAAGGCCGCUGUUGAGGGGUUCACUCGCUCCUUUGCUGUCGACUGCGGCAAGAAGAAUAUUACUUGUAAUGCUAUCGCCCCUGGAGGUAUCCAGACCGAUAUGUUCGACGAGAAUAGUUGGCACUACGUUCCUGGUGGCACUAAGGACAUGCCUAUCGAGACAAUUAAAAAUGGGUUGAAGAAGAUGUGUCCCCUCGACAGAGUUGGUGUCCCGGCCGAUGUAGGAAAGGCUGUGUACUGCCUGGUCAGUGAUGAGGGUGAAUGGAUUAACGGACAAGUUAUUCGAUGCUCUGGCGGGGGUGUUUAA